UCCUCCUCUUACUCUUCCUCCUCCUCAUCUUCCUCCUCCUCCUGCUCUUCUUCUUCCUCUUCCUCUUCUUCCUCCUCCUGCUCCUCCUCGUCUUCGUCAUUAUUGCCAUCGUCAUCCUCCUCCUCCUCCUCCUUUUCCUCCGCUUCAUCAGCACCAUCUGCUACGUCUUCCUCGUCCGUCGCGUCUUUCUUCUACCCUGCCGACCGGUUUGCCGUGGCCGGACCCCUCGGCUACAGCCUCCCAGACUCCGUCGGCAGGACAGACUCGACGAGCUCUCGCCUCCUUGCCUGCCUGCCUCCCCCUCCCGCAUUCCUCACCGCUGUCGGCCGUGCCACCUCUCACCCUUCCACUGCGCCUCCUCACGACGCCUCCGCCUCCUCAUCAUCGAAUCCCCCUCCACACCCCCCACCACCGCCAACUCCACCUCCACCCUCAGCAUCAGCACCAGCACCAGCACCAGCACCAGCACCAGCACCAGCUUCUCUAUCAUCUGCACCACCCGCCAGUCUGCUUGAAGAGAUGACCAGACUGGCCGGCAGUUACCAUGACGCCCAGACGAUAGUGGAACAGCAGCUUGGCGAUUCUGUCGAUUAUGCGUCCGAGUGCUCGAGACAGAGGCUGCAGCCCUCCCCCCUGCAACACAUUCACUACCAGCCGCCACCUCAACCUCAACCUCAGCCACCGCAUCAGCAUCAACAUCAGCAUCAGCAUCAGCAUCAACAUCAACAUCAGCAUCAGCAUCAAGACGGCUUGGAGAUGUCGAUCUACCAGGGCGGCAGUCACUGCCAGAGCCUUCUGGGCGCCUCCGCCUCGGACGACGUGUCGUCCGGCUUCUCGAGCCACUCGUCCAUCGCCGGCUACCCGCACUACGCCGGUCUGCCCGCCCCCACCAUGGCCGGCUUCACGUCCCACUCAGCCUUCCAGCCGGGCCACCUGCACCACCUCCACCAGCUACACCAUUUGCAGGCGGCUGCUGCCGCCGCCGCCGCCGCAGCUGCAGCCGCAGCCGCAGUUGCCGUCGACGCCUCAUCGCCAGGACACCCACACAAUCAUCAGCAUCACCCCCAACACCAACAACAACAACAACAACAUCAACUCCAUCAACCACAAGCACCACAACAUCAGCAUCAACACUAUCAACACCAGCAUCAACAUCAACAUCAACAUCAGCAGCAGCAGCAGCAGCAGCAUUUCUGUGAGGCGGAGAGUCUGAUGUCCGUCACCGAGGGAACAGUGGUCUACGGCCACGCACACGCACACGCACACGCACACACCGGACUCGGCUUGUCCGCGUGUCCGGCAGACGAGGUGUCCGGCGGCCUCAGCCUCGGGUCGCCCGGACCUCGACUCGAGGCAACCGGCGUCGCCAAGACCUACGUCAAUGGUCUGUUGCCAAGGGCUUUGCCGGCCGAUCUGGAGUCGGUGGUAGAGACGGUGAACGGAGCACGCACUUUGCCCUCGGUCCCGGCGAGUCCACGCGCCAUCUCGUCCAAUCCGAGCGUCAGAGAAGAAGCCCCCUUCGCGCCCCCCUCCCUGGCCGCCUCGCUCGCCUUCGCCCCCCCGGCGCCGGGCGCCCAACUGCACAACAGCCUCGCCGCGCCCACCACCGCCUAUUCAGCCUAUCACUCCGCCGCGCCGCUCACCAGCCACACGGCCUCGCCCCACUACCCUGCACCGUCGGCGCCCACUCCAGCUGCCACCCCAGCCUUGGCAACCACGCCCUCCUCCUCCUCCUCCGCCUCCUCCUCCUCCUCCUCCUCCUCCUCCCUCCUCGUCUCGCCCGGCGGCAACUCCUAUGGCCAGCCCGCCGGUUGCCAGGCUCAUCUGCCCUCGGCCUACUACACUUCUCCCCCGCUGCUUGGCUACCGACUCGCCUCGGCCCCCCCGCUCUCCGUCUCCCCGCCACCCGGCGGUGCCCUCUUCCUCGCCUGCUCGGCAAUCGACUACCCGACAACCGCGGGCGGACGCUGUCUCCGGCUCGAGACGAGUCCGGCCGCCGGCCGCAUGCCCACAACGCCCAUCGCCCUGUCCGGCCUCGUCAACCACGACCCGCCACUCGGUUGCCUCACACCGCCGCCCCCCCACAUUGCAACCACUCCCGGACAAGCCGCACUCUCGGCUCUCGCCACCCCCUCGCACACCGCCUCCGCCUCCGCCUCCGCUUCCGCCUCCGCCUCCGCCUCCGCCUCCGCGUCCGCGUCCGCCUCCGGUCCCGGCUCCGGCUCCGGCAGUGGCGGCAGCAACUAUUCCAACGCGAAACCGCCCUACUCCUACAUCAGUCUCAUCACCAUGGCGAUCCAGCACUCGUCGGCCCACAUGUGCACACUCUCCGAGAUCUACCAAUUCAUCAUGGACCUGUUCCCGUUCUACCGGCAGAACCAGCAGCGCUGGCAGAACUCGAUUCGCCAUUCGCUCUCCUUCAACGACUGCUUCAUCAAAGUGGCGCGCAGUCCCGACAAGCCGGGCAAAGGCUCCUAUUGGACGCUGCAUCCGGAGUCGGGCAACAUGUUCGAGAACGGUUGCUACCUGCGCCGGCAGAAGCGAUUCAAGGACCCAAAGCGUGAGGCCGUGCGUCGGUUGAGCCACCGCGACGUCUCGGGCGCGGCUAGCGCAGCCUCUGGCGGUCUGUCGUCGUUGCGCGGCGGCUGUUGCCCAGGCGACCAGAGCGGUGGCGAGGAGCUGCAGCAGGAGGCGCAGCAGCGCCAGCCACAGCGACUAGGCGGGCAGCACAACGAGGAGGUGGAAGAAGAGGGUGAGGGUGAGGACGAAGAGGAGGAGCAGGAGGAGGAAGAGGAGGAGGAAGAGGAAGAGGAAGAGGAAGAGGAAGAGGAAGAGGAAGAGGAAGAAGAAGAGGAAGAGGAAGAGGAAGAAGAAGAG